AUGGAUAAUUCACAUUUGUUCCCAAUGGACGUAGAUCAGGCACUGUCUAGAGAGGAAGGUGGAAGUUCUGAUUCUCCUACUAAUCAUGACGGUAUUACCACGACAUCUGAUCGGUUACUCCCUACAAACGAUGUUCCUGGCAAUGCCAACCGGCAUAUAACUCUAAACGAUCAGCACAAAGAUAUAAGUCAUGUGGACUCCGAGUUUUCAUUUUUGGACUACGUGAGGAGUCACUUUGGUAAGCACGACCUUAAAUUGAUGAAAAGGCACGGGAAGCUUGGACCUAUGCAAAAAAGUGGACUUGAUGUGAAUUUCGUUUCUGAUGGUCAUUCUGUCGUUUCCUCACUUGAAAAAUCGAAAGUAAUAUCAGUUUCUGACAGCAUGGUUCAGCUACGCGGCGGGAUUCUGGAAAAUUAUCGGCACAUUGUUCGUAAAGGCACUUCUUCGACAUCAUCCGCUUCAUCUGGCAGUAGUUCAAGUUUCAGCUCAUCACUUUCAACCAACUCUAUCGAUACAGCAUCCGAUGGUAGUGAAUCUUCAUCAGAUUCAUCAUCUCAGUCCGACGAUGAGCUUUCGCCUCCCGAGCCACCAGACGGCGGAUGGGGUUGGGUUAUCGUGAUUGCUACAUUUUUCAUCCAAAUGAUUGAUGACGGAAUUGCAACAUCUUUUGGUAUCUUUCUUGACGAUCUUGCCGAGGAAUUUGGGGCUUCCUUGAGUGUCACAUCUUGGGUCGGUGCCUUUAGUUAUGGCAUUCCAUGUUUGGCGGCUCCUGUAGCUUCGAUGCUCAUUAACAGAUUUCAAUGUCGCAAGGUUUGUGUAGUUGGUGGGCUGAUUAGCGCCAUAGGCUGUGUCCUUGCAUUCUUUGUAGAGUCUAUGCUCGGCUUGGUUCUCACUUUUGGUGUUCUUGUUGGACUGGGAGCAAGUCUUUCAUCCACUGCUGCAUUGAUUAUUGUCUCCAUAUACUUUGAAGAUAGGCGUGCAACAGCUACUGGCCUUUCCAUUGCUGGGUCUGGAGUAGGCUCGUUUGUUUUCGCUCCACUUGUUAACUAUCUUAUUAAUGUCUACACCUGGCGUGGAGCGAUUCUUAUUCUCUCUUCUAUUUUUGCUCAUAUUGUGCUAUUCGGGUGUCUGAUGAGGCCCUUAGAGACUGGGCGACAACGGAGGAAGCGGCAACUUCUUCUUAGGAUGGAGAAUUUUGCAAAGGAGUCGGGAUUCAAGCUGCCCGAUGUAUAUUUGAAAAGCGAGGAUGAGAAUGUUGAUUAUCGAAUCUAUCUUUUACGGAGACUUCUCACCAGCCCCCAACGUUACAAUUCCUCGGAUUCUUCGUCAGAUAUUGCAAUUGACUCUUUACUUAUCAAUGCCGACUCCUGUUUGAAGGACAAUGCAAAAACAGGAGGGGAAAGAGAAAAGAGAAAGGUCACUCAACCGACGCUCACAUUUUCAGACGUCACUGAGUCUAAGCAGGACUUGUCAAAUGUGCGCCAGUUACCCAUUCCAUCAGCUGCAACAAGUAUUCGAAACGCCUUCUCGCUUAUUCCGCCUGUUUAUGGACGUACUAAACGAUCUCUAUACCAUCGAUCAGCUACAUUUCAGUCCAAUGCUCAAAGCCACAUUCGGCCCACUCUCAGUAUGCCAGAUUUGCAAGGUUCAACACCAUCCUUUCCCUCGUCAACCUCCUCGUCCAGUCCCAUCGCUUGUGUUCGACAGCAUUUGCAUUCCAUUUGUCGGCAUUUUUACCGUCAGUUGCGUAAUGUUGUCGACCCUUCCAUGUUCUGGAGCCUUUCUUUUAACCUUUUCCUCCUCUCCACAUUGGGCCUUUUCUUCUGGUGCAAUGUAACCUAUUUCUUCAUCACAAUCUAUGCAAACUCGCAAAUGGGCAUCUCCAAUCGCCUGUCAGCGAUGCUGUUGGCUAUCAUGGGAGGCUCUGACAUGGUGGGUGAGGUGGUGUAUGGUUGGGCUGCAGAUCAAGAGUGGUCCAACAUUCUGUAUUUAUACACUUCUGGCGUAGUUGUCUGUGGUAUGGCAACAAUGCUUGUUCCCGUGGCAACCUCAUUUGGGGCCCUCGUCGUCUACAACCGUAAGUUUUGCCAUCCUCCUAAUUAA